AUGCUGAGCCGCUGGAUGAGCGGCAGCAGCAGGAGCCUGGAGCGGGAGUACAGCUGCACCGUCAGGCUGCUGGAUGACAGCGAGUACACCUGCACCAUCCAGAGAGAUGCCAAGGGUCAGUAUCUGUUUGACCUUCUCUGCCACCACCUAAACUUACUGGAGAAAGACUACUUUGGAAUUCGGUUUGUGGACCCAGACAAGCAAAGGCAUUGGUUGGAGUUUACAAAGUCUGUUGUGAAGCAGAUGAGAGCCCAGCCUCCAUUCACCAUGUGUUUUCGUGUGAAGUUUUAUCCCACCGACCCUGCUGCUCUGAAAGAGGAAAUAACCAGGUAUUUAGUCUUCCUGCAGAUCAAAAGAGAUCUCUACCAUGGCCGCCUUCUCUGCAAGACAUCGGAUGCUGCAUUGUUAGCCGCCUAUAUCCUUCAAGCCGAGAUUGGGGACUACGACCCUGGGAAGCACCCAGAAGGCUACAGCUCCAAGUUCCAAUUUUUCCCCAAACAUUCGGAAAAGCUGGAAAGGAAAAUUGCAGAGAUUCACAAAACAGAACUCAGUGGUCAGACACCAGCUACUUCAGAGUUAAAUUUUUUAAGAAAAGCCCAGACCCUGGAGACAUACGGAGUUGACCCACACCCAUGCAAGGAUGUGUCAGGAAAUGCGGCAUUUUUGGCCUUCACUCCCUUUGGUUUUGUUGUUCUGCAGGGAAACAAGAGAAUUCACUUCAUCAAAUGGAACGAGGUAGCCAAAAUGAAAUUCGAAGGAAAGACAUUCUGUUUAUAUGUAAGUCAGAAAGAGGAAAAGAAAAUUGCUCUUACUUAUUUUGCUCCAACACCAGAAGCGUGCAAGCAUCUCUGGAAAUGUGGGAUAGAAAACCAAGCUUUUUACAAGUUGGAGAAGUCAAGCCAGGUCCGCACAGUAUCCAGCAGCAACUUGUUCUUUAAAGGAAGCCGGUUCCGAUACAGUGGCCGAGUUGCAAAAGAAGUGAUGGAAUCUAGUGCCAAGAUCAAGAGGGAGCCCCCAGAAAUUCACAGAGCAGGAUUGGUUCCUAGCCGCAGCUGCCCUUCCAUCACUCACGGGCCAAGACUCAGCAGUGUCCCCAGGACUCGAAGGAGAGCUGUUCACAUCUCAAUCAUGGAAGGCCUGGAGUCGCUGAGGGACAGCGCUCACUCGACCCCCGUGCGUUCAGCCUCUCAUGGCGAUGCUUUCAUGUCCCAUUCGCGGAGUAGCAGAGCUGAGAGCAGCGAGAGAGUGGCAGUCAUCUCCGACGAGAUCUACAGCCCUGCGGAUAGCGUGCUUCCCACGCCGGUGGCAGAACACAGCCUGGAGCUGAUGCUGCUCGCCAGGCAGAUCAAUGGCGCCCCCUGCAGUAUUGAAGAAGAAAAGGAGUCUGAAGCCAACACACCUACUGCAACUGAGGCUGAUGAGACGGGAGGCGAGUUCAAAGCCUUGUGGCAGGGUGGUGGUGGCGAUGGCGGGACACAAGCUGCACAGGUGAAUAAGUUUGUUUUAAGUGUCCUCCGUUUGCUCCUUGUGACAGUUGGACUCCUCUUUGUUUUGCUCCUUCUCCUGAUCAUCCUUACCGAGUCUGACCUUGACAUUGCCUUUUUCCGUGAUAUUCGCCAGACCCCCGAGUUUGAACAAUUCCAUUAUCAAUACUUUUGUCCCCUCAGGCGAUGGUUUGCCUGCAAAGUCCGCUCCGUGCUGAGCCUGCUCAUUGACACCUGA